AUGGAUCGUGUCACUAAGCAAAGACCUUUUCAGGCUGUAGGGGUGGAUUUCGCCGGACCAGUUAUUCUGAGAGCAAGCCGUUUACGAAAGGCUCCACGCGUGAAGGCAUAUAUAGCUCUGUUUGUAUGCAUGGUGACAAAGGCUGUACAUCUAGACCUUGUCUCAAGUUUAUCUACUGAUGCGUUUCUUGCAACAUUGCGGCGCUUUGUUUCUCGUCGAGGGUGUUGUAGUGUUAUCCAUAGUGAUAAUGGUAGGAACUUUGUAGGUGCAAGUAGGGAGUUAAGUGAUUUGUAUCGUUUUUUCAAACAGGAUCUGGUAAAACAGACCCUAAUCGAAGUUAGUGCACAGUUAGGGAUUAGAUGGCAGUUUAUUCCUUCCUAUUCACCACAUUUUGGAGGUUUGUGGGAAGGGUCCAUUAAAUGUAUGAAGCAUCAUAUACGCAGGGUAAUUGGAUCGUAUUGUCUUACUUAUGAGGAAUAUUUCACAGUGUUAGUCCAGAUUGAGGCCGUCUUAAACUCUAGACCGUUGUUGGCAACCACUGAUGACAGUUCUGAUUUGUCAUACAUUAGUCCGGGACAUUUUUUGAUAGGUGAGCCUUUAACAGCAAUUCCAGAAGCAUAUCUUUCAGACAAGGUUGUGAAUCUCAAUAAGAUUUAUAAGCAAAUGACUGCCAUGAGAGACCGGUUUUGGAAACUCUGGUCAACGCAAUAUUUAAGUACGUUACAACGUAGGAAUAAGUGGGCAAAGACCCAAGUUAAUGUUAAGGUCAAUGAUCUAGUGUUAAUUAAAGAAGACAAUUCUCCACCACUUCAAUGGCCUACGGGUCGUGUGAUGGAAAUUAAGAUAGGUCAAAUGGAAAAGUUAGGGUAG